CGUAAGAACACGCGGCAGUGGCUUGAUAAUUUAUUUGUCUAGCUUUGUUUUAGUUUAAAAGUAGUGAAGUUGUGUUAUGACUCUUUACGACGAUGGAGAAUUGGCUGAAAUCUGGGUCGUAUGUUAAGAGAAAACAGGAAUCUACUAACGAAGAUUUCCAUGAGCUAACUGUCGAUCCAGCAGCAUUAGAAAUUAUACUUGAACACUUACGAGGCUUGUCAUCCGAACCCAGGCGAUACUUUCCACCAAUAUUGACCACUAAUAAGUGGAUACAAAAUCCAUUUGACGAGGAAAAUUCAAAGAAUGCCAACUUAGCAGAAGAUGCUUUAAUUGAGAUAUCAUGUGACUCCAUCAUGAAAACGAUGUUCAAGGAGAAAAGUUUGACCUCAUUUUGGCUGAAUGUUAAGCCAAGCUAUCCAGGUUUAUUUGAAAAAGCAAUGAGAUUCUUAAUAGUUUUUUCAACAACAUAUCUUUGUGAGCAUACCAAGAACAAAUAUAGGAACAGACUGGAUGUGGAAAGUGACUUAAGACUCAAAAUAUCAAAUUUCAACCUUGACAUUCAAUCACUGGUGCAGUCAAAACAAUGCCAGAAGUCACACUAGUCUUAUUUGCAAUAAUCAA